GCCGUCCGCCGGGCUCGUCGCGGCGCGCAUUCAAUGCGGUCUGCGCGUCGCCCGUAGCCUUGUACGCGAUUCGCGUCGCGCCCGGCUUUCUGCUGUGCGCUGCUCCGAUGCGCUCGCCGCCUCUCGGAACCGUACCGCGCUCGUGCCGCUCGUGAAGCCGCGCGCGCGGACUGAUGUGCUGCUCGUCGCGUGCCCCACUGCUUCGCGCCGUCUACCGGUACCGCGUCCGCCGCUCGUACCCGUCGCGUCGCCGUCAGCCGUCUACUUACAGAUUCACAAAUCGAAUAAGGGAGCCACCGAGGUGGUUCCGCGGACGCCUGGCAAUGUGCAAGCAAUUCCUUUCGAGUUUCAAACAGGUGUGGGAGUGGGACAUGGCUCCACUACUUGUUGUGAAGCCGUGACACCGUGCGUAUAUUGGAUGGUCGCCCCCACCCGUCCUCCUCCUUGUUGCGAACCCAUCGCCGGUCCGCAACGGCGACAUCUCGGCUCCUGCCGCUGGCUGGGUAGGUGGCGCGUCCCUCUUCCUUAACUGCUUCCUCUCACACACCGCAACUGCCCUACCACCAGCUCCUGCUCCGACUCCUACCCAGCUGCUCUGCUCGCGCCGGCCGCGGUGACCAGCUGCAGCUCGUGCUCCAUCCAUCUCCACCUGUCGCCGCGCCAGCCACCCUCGUGCGUCUCCAUAACUGCAGCGCCCGGCCGCAUGAGCGGGCCCGGCGACGAGCUGCCCGGGCUGCUGCGGGACAACGGGCCGGCGCUGAAGAGGGCGCCGAACUUCCCGCUGGCGCCGUUCCAGCCCUUCACCUGCAGCGCCGCCGGCAGCAGCAGGGCCCACGAGCUCAAGCGCCACGCCGCCGCCGCCGCGGACGCCAAGGCGGGCGCGUUCAUGAGCAUGAGCUCCGUGCCCCUGGGCGCGGCCUCGGGGAUGCACGACAUCGGCCUCGGCGGCCUCCCCGUCCAGGACGACGACGACUCCGUGCCGUGGCUGCAUUGCCCCGUCGUCGACGACGGCGACAGUGAUACGGCGCCGCUGCCCCCGGACUACUGCGCCGGCUUGCUGUCCGAGUACUCGGGACUUCCGGCCGCGCCGGCGGCCUCCCACGGCGCGGUCGUCCCGACCACACGCGCCGUGCUGCCGGAAACUGCAGCCAAGCAGAACCCGCCAAUUGCCGCCGGCGGAGGCGAGAGCGUCAUGAACUUCACGUUCUUCUCGAGGCCUCUUCAGCGACCACAGGCUUCCACCGCCGCGUCCCCAAGCAACCCCGUCGAGUCCACGGCCGUGCAGACGGCGGCGAACCGGCUGAGGAGCACCCCAUUGUUCUCCGAGCAGAGGAUGGCAUGGCUGCAGCCGCCCAAGGGGCCACGCACCACAACGGCAGUCGCACCUCCUGCUCCCCAGGCGCCGCUGGCCCCAGAUCACCACCAUGUCGAAACAGCCGCCACGGUAACUCAACACAGGUUGCAACCAGAAGCAAGGCCGCCCGAUGCGUUAACCGCGGCGACGGCGGCGGUGACGACCUCGUCGGUAUGUUCCGCCAACGGUGACCGUAGCCAACCGAAGAUGAGCAGCCACCAGCCCGCAGAGUGUUCGUUCAGCCAGGACGAGGACCUCGACGACGAGCCCGGCGAGAUGAGGAGAUCGGCGGCGAGGAGCACGAAGCGCACCCGCACCGCUGAAGUGCACAACCUAUCGGAGAGGAGGAGACGGGACCGGAUCAACGAGAAGAUGCGCGCCCUGCAGGAGCUCAUCCCCAACUGCAACAAGAUUGACAAGGCGUCGAUGCUGGAGGAGGCCAUCGAGUACCUGAAAACUCUGCAGCUCCAAGUGCAGAUGAUGUCGAUGGGGACCGGGAUGUGCGUGCCGCCGAUGCUGCUGCCUGCCGCGGCGGCGAUGCAGCACCUGCAGAUGCCUCCGAUGGCGCACUUCCCCCACCUCGGCGCCAUGGGGCUGGGGUUCGGCAUGGGCACCCUCCCGCGCUUCGCCGGCGCGCAGUUCCCGUGCCCGGUGUUCCCCGGCGCGCCGCCGAUGGCAAUGCCUCCCGGCUCGAUGUUCGGCAUUACCGGGCAAGCAAUGCCACCAUUGGCGUUCCCUCACAUGGCCCAAACCGCGCUGGCCGAGCAGAUGGAAGCUGCCGCUCCUGCACGGGGAGGAGCAGGCGCCGGCGACCAUCCACCGCUCCCCGUCGUUCCCCAGGGCGAUCAGAAGCUGCAGCAUCCGAAGCAAACGUGAAGGCGACGAGGCGCUUUGCAUGGUGAUGCAGCUCGUAUCCAUGGAGCUAGGCGGCAGCUUCGCUUUCUUGAUCGGACGCUUUGGGCUCAGUUUGGAACACGAGAAUUUUCUCGAAAUUGUAUUUGUUACUGGUAAAUCCUUGUGAGAUCCAUGAGUGCCAACCUAGCCUAAUCGAGACUGGAAACGAUAGGCUUGGACAGAGAAGACAGAACAGAGCUAUGAAGUGUGCGUAUGGGUGCAAACGAUGAUGUAUUCGUGUCUCCAUACGUACACCUUGCAUCCGAAUGUAACAUCAUGGGUGUUCCCUUCCGAUGUACCGGUACAUCUCCAUACUGUAACGGAAAA